CAACUUUUUUUUGAUUACCUCCUUUCCCCCCAUGUUUCAUUGAUGAUUUGUCUUUCUUGAUACUUAGGAACUUUUCUAUUCAAGCACGGAUUUACUUCCCGCUAUCCAAUCUAAGAUCUGUCUCAGCUGCGCGCGCAUCGGAUACCCAGCCGACUCUCCGCGAUGGCCGGUCCAUUGGAGGAGACGGCAGAUGUGUUGGCCCCAGCUGUUGGUGAUGAUGCCACCGCCGCUGCCGUCGCCGCCGUGGGUGUGAAGCGACCCCUGGACAUUGACAGCCUCCAGCGCAAGAAGUUUAAAACCGAUGAAUUGCCCUUGACCGCUGCGCAACACGCCGCGAUCGAGCAUCUUCUACAUGCAUUCAAGAAGAGAGGUGGCUUCGAUAAUGUGCGCAAGAAGAUAUGGGCGGAGUUUGAGGAAGGGGAAGGCAAAACGGAAUUUACGAACCUCCUCGCCGAACUUGCGGAAGUGGAGAUUGAUCGCGAACCUGGACUGUUGUCGCGGGAGCGCGGAAAGGCCGCGACUCUUAUCGAGGGCGCCGUCGAUCGGAGCGACGUCUACAAGACGGUAGAGAAGUCGCUGGAUGCGCUCGCUUCGAAUCAUCUACAGACAAUUCUGGAUUCUGUGCGGGAGAUCCGCCGCGAUGAAGUCGGCGUGGAGGCCGCUGCCGAGGAAGAGAAGGCAGGUAACAAGACUGACGAGGACUAUGCGAACUACAUACAGGCUAAGCGCGAUGAGCGCGAGAGAGCUUACCAGGAAGCAUUGCGGAAGGAAAAGGAAGCUGAGGAAGAGGAAGCGCGCAAGAAGGCGGAAGAGGACCGCAAGCGACGCGAGCUCGAACGCCAGAAGGAGGAAGAGGAACGGGCCAGACGCAGGGAGCGCGAGGAGCAACGCAGGGAAGAGCAGCGCAAGCUGGACGAGCAACGAGAGAAGGAGCGCCAGGAACGAUACGAACGCCGCCGUCGGGAAGAGCGCGAGAGA